AUGGCGCUCUGGUGGUGCGCCAAGAUCUGCUGCAGGUUGGCUGCAGCGUGGUUUCCUCUGCUCCUCUCAUCACUGCUGUGGCAAACGAUCUGCCCCGUCUACGCUGUCCCAUUCUGCCCCCGGACCUGCAGCUGUCCAGGUGUUAAAGAGGUCCACUGUACAUUCAGACACCUGACCACCGUACCAAAAACCUUUCCUAAAGAUACAGAGAGGCUCAACCUGGGAUACAACAGCCUGACGGAGGUUGAGGGUUCAGAAUUCAGGUCACUACGGCAACUGGAAAUGCUCAUGUUGCAUGGCAACGACAUUAACACAGUCCACCCCGGGGCGUUUUACAGCCUGAGAUCACUCCAGAUCUUGAAGCUGAGUUACAACAAGCUAACAUCAGUGAAUCCUGGAUUGUUUGAGGGUCUUGUUGGUUUGAUCCGUCUCCAUUUGGACCACAAUCUUAUAGACUUUAUAGAGCCGUACUCCUUCUCCGGCCUGACCUCGCUGAAACUUCUGCAGCUGGAGGGAAACCUCCUCAAAGACAUCCACCCUCAUACCUUCAUUACUGUGUCACUACUAGGAAGCUUUUGGACCUCUGGACUCAAACACUUACACCUGUCAGACAAUCUAUUGGAGCAGUUCCCUGCCGCAGCACUGCAGACUGCUCCCAGGCUCGAGCUCCUCUCUCUUCAUGGCAAUCCCUGGACCUGUGACUGUCACCUUCACUGGUUGUUAGAAUGGAGUUCCAAACAUGAAGGUGUAAUAAAGUGCAAGAAGGAACGUGGCACCAAUGAGACUUGUCCCCAGUGUGCUUCGCCUCAACCCCUGAACAGUACCCUCUUGUUAGGGUUAACUGCGGACCAGCUUACCUGUGAACGUCCAGCUCUUCGCUCCCCUCUCAAACAGUGGGACAAUCCAGUGUGGGCUGAGUCUGAAACAGAACCUGACCUUCCUUACACCAGGGACUUUGAAAAACCUUUGGGCUCCCUGACUUUUGUUCUCUCUGACACCCAUGGAAACCAAGCUCAUGUGGCAUGUAAUGUGCGCCACCCUGGAGAUAAUUUACCAAUGACGUGGACCGCAAAUCCCCAUUCACCUGGGGAGUUAUCUGUCAAUGUAUCGCUGGUGACUGUCCUUGAGUGUGAGAUUGAUCGGGAGACAUUGCAAAAUCUAUGGCAACUGGUUGCAUAUUACUAUGAAAGCCCUGCUAUUCUGGAGAGGGGUCAACAGAGAGGAAAUGCAAGCGGAGUAACCUAUCAAUAUUCCCAAGCUGUAAAUGAAAACUCUCCAUAUUUCACAGAAUUAAAAGGACAUUUGGCAGCAGAACCCUCUUGGCUGCUUCAACCCAGAGUCACUCUGAAGCUCAACAGACAGCAGACUACGACUAAGAAACUGGUGAUGGAUUUCACUACUUUAAUAUCAAAGCGGGUCAACAGUCUUAGAGGGCAGGACGAUGACAAUGACUUCACUUCUUCCUGGGCACUGAUGCGGAGAGGGACAGUGGGAGGAGUUCAAACAGCUCUCGAGGGUUCAAAGGUUCAUUUAGAGUGCAGUGUCACCACUUCAGAUCCGGAGAUUAAAGUUGAGUGGAUGCUUCCAGAUUUGUCUAUCGUGGAAGAUGCAAAUGGCAAGAUAGAAAUUUCUGAAAGAGGAGAGCUUGUGAUUAUAAAUUCCACACUGUCCGACUCAGGCCUCUACCACUGUAUGGUCAGAACCAAAGCUGGUGUUGACCUAAUGCCUUUCAGACUCACAAUUAAAGAACUCUCGCUUAGCCCCACAGCUUUAAAUGGUCAGAAAGUUGUAGUUGAAAAGGGACAUUCUUUAGCUCUUCCCUGUGAUGUGACUUCAAUUAAGCCAUUUCAAACUAUUUGGUACCUGCCCAAAAAUCAAAUGUUGCUCCCCACACAACAGACAAGAAGAGCAGAAGUGAUGGAAAAUGGAACUUUGGUAUUAAUGAAGCUGACACAAGAAGAUGCAGGGGAAUACAGCUGCUUAGCCUCAAAUCUGUAUGGAGUUGAUAUGCUAUCACACAUGGUGGAAGUCAAUGAUAAAAAGGCCUCUGAAAAGUCUAAAGUACAGACAGAGGGAGAGCAGAAGCUUUUAUCAAUGGACGUGGGGGAAGGAGAAGGUUCAGGGGGAUAUUACCAGGAAAUUAUACGUCCUUUUGCCACGCAGUUUCCUAAAAGUGUAGGAACUCAGCAAAGGACCCCUAAAGGGUUUUCCAAAAAAAUUAGAAUUAAAGAUGCAAAAAGAAAACCCAAUAAAUCAGUAAAGAAAUUAGACCCUAAUCGAUGGGCAGAAAUACUGGCAAAAGCAAAUGCUAAACCAAGUGGUUCCCUACCUACAGAGCGAUCACUAGAAGAGCCCAGUACUAUAACAGUCAAAACAAGUACACCCAAACCUACUAAAACUCCUACUCUGAUUGUUACUACUACUACUACUAGAAACUUACUCCAUACUACUACCUCUCCUGAUACUACAGUAGAGCCAACACAUUCUAGAGUUAGGUCAGAGGCCCAUUCUGAAAAGGACAAAGAUGUUUAUAUCGGUAAAGACUCUGAAACACUAGAAAGUCUACCACCACCUCCUACAAUUAUGGAACCAUCCCUAGACCAUGUUAGUGGAAUUACAGAAGUACCUCAAUCUGUGACAGAGUCGGCUGUUGUUGUUACCUCGCAGCCAGACAGACAGUCUGAAAAUAAGGAUUUUGUAGAGGGGAGAAAGAACCACAACUUUGUUCCUGGUCAGUCAAACAGGAGACGGCCGCCUUAUAGACGUAGAAAACCCCCAAUGAGAAGAGUCCAUCCGCACCUGAACCCCUUCAAACCAUUAAACAAGCCCCACACAACUGUUCUCCCAACAACAACCACCACACCAACAACUACUACUACAACCACCACUACUACUACUACUACUACUACUACUACUACAACAACAACACCUGUUCCAACCACAGCAGAAAUUAGUGAAAGCCUAUCUGCUGAAUAUCAGACUGAGGAAGAUGAAGGCGAAUACUAUGACGAAUAUAAUUACAAGGGUAGGGACAAAUUGGAUGCCAAAAAAGAUUUGAACAGUGAAACUGUUCACACCACCCAGGAUAUUGACAGUAGCCUUACCACAUUUUCAACAAUUACAGACAAUGUUCCUGAUGUAGGCAGAUCUCCAGGCAGACAUAAUUUACCUAAUUCAAAGUCAAUUGUAACUCCUGAGAAAGACAACAACCCUCAUCCUACUGAAAGGACUGUUGAUGAAUAUGAGACAUUCACAGUCAGCCCAGAGAAACUUGAGAGACAGGAUGAGAUCAGUAGACAAAGCCAAGAAAAGAGCAGACACAGUGAAAAUAUUGCGGUAGAGAGUGAGAGGGAGAUGACAACAGCAAUGGAACAGCAAGAAAAACACAAAACAGUCAUAGAAGACAGUGAGAGAGACACAGAAAAAUCCAAAAAGGAAUGGGUUACACAGACCUAUAAUUCACAGGAUAGCAUGCGGUUAACAACACAAAAUAGGCCAAGACCAAACACUCGACCUUCACUUGAGCUAAAUAUACCAACCCAAGAAGGACCUUCAUCUCCUAAAGUCAUGACCUCACAUUCAACCAGAGGAAAAACAAUAGAACAAGUCACACAGAGUGAAGGUAAAAAAGUAAACAAGCCUAGAGCAAAACCUGAGACCCACAGUUUCCCAAUAAUGGAGCCGAUUCACCCAUGGCUCCAUCCGAACAAAAAUGGACGAGAGCCAACUACCAACUCCAAGACGAUACACACAAAUCAAGAUAGAAACACAGGAAGACAGGGGGGAGUAAUUCCAGGCAGACAAGCCCAGCCUCCCAGAUUUGCCCCAACUACCCAGAGACCUUCACUCUACCAUCAUCAUCCUUACAACCCUCUCUACCCCUCCUGGCCAGGUCAAAGGUCAUUUCCUCAUCCUAGACCAGGUCCUGGUUCACACUCUGUGCCUACCCAUCGACCCUGGUCUCUGGCCCACCCUUGGACUAAAAGCCAAAUUGUCACCAACAGACCAGAAAUCACUGCGGAAACAGUCAGACCCACAGCGACAGCCUUUGGUACAACCAGAGACCCCCAAUUCACACUCCCUAAUCCCCAGAUAUCAGAUAAUCACCAUCAAAAUCAUCACGUGGAUGGCAGGACCCAAACCAUAGAUCACCUGUUUUUGUCAAGGCUUAGGAACAGAUACAGACAGGCACAACUUGAUCGCAUCGCUCAACUUGGGAGGAUGGUGACACCCAAACCUCGCACAAACUACUACAAUCCUCUGUCUCCAAUUGCAUCUAAACCUAACCCACCAUCCUUGUACAGACCAUACACCCCCAAGCCACCAGCAACUACCUAUAUUUACAACUUGCAACCUCCAAACCCUGCUAAACCUACAUCAUCAUCAUCCUCUGGUUUCAUUCUGACCCCACGCCCUUAUCACCCAACUACCCCUGGGGCUGGAAGUUGGUGGCCUGUUGGAGGACGAAUCAGCUCUCGUAGGCCAACAGCUGCCCCACCUUUUCCAUGGAGGUUCGGAGCUGGAAGUGGUGGGAUGAAGCCACGCAUCACCACAAUAGCAGCAGCUAGUGUUUCGGUACUUGCAGAGAGUGAUGUCUUCCUGCCCUGCAAAGCAACAGGGAAUCCAGAACCUUCCAUUGCAUGGACCAAAGUCUCCACAGGUGCCACCAUCCCAGCAAACAGCAAGCAUGGUCUCCGUUUUGAAGUUUUCAAGAAUGGAACGUUUGUUAUUAAAAACAUCCAGCUUCAGGAUCGAGGCCAGUACCUCUGCACAGCCCAGAACCGGUUUGGAUCAGAUCGCAUGGUCACUACCUUAGCUGUCCAGACUGAGGCACCCAAGAUCCAACCACCAAAGUCCACAGAUAUCGAAGUCUACUUAGGGAAAGGUAUGACUCUUGACUGCCUUGCCUCCGGAAAACCACCAGCCCAAAUUUCCUGGAUUCUUCCAGACAGGACAUUUGUUCGUGAAGUUGGGACUGUUCACACUCUUCUCGCUCCAAUGUCUCUGCUUCAAAAUGGAACCCUACAAAUAUUUUCUGCCAAUUUCUCCAACAAAGGGGACUAUAAAUGUAUAGCAAGUAAUGCAGCAGGAGCUGAUACAAUUACUUAUCAUCUCCAUGUGGCAGCUCUGCCUCCAAGCAUUAGUGAAGGAGCAAUGGAUACUGUUAUCAUUCAGCCAGGAAGGAGUGUGUAUAUCCACUGCUCUGUGAAAGGCGAACCAAUGCCUGCUCUGAAAUGGAUGCUCCCAGCAGGUGUCCAUGUAAAGCCAUCGCAGUUUCUGGGACGCAGGCUGUUUGUUUUCCCUAACGGGACACUACUUGUGAAGGAGGUUUCGCCAUCUGAUGGCGGGAGGUACGAUUGUGUGGCCACUAACACUGUUGGAAUAGCCAAAAGGACUGUCCAGUUGGAGGUGAGGGCCGAUUCUCCCUCCCUCUUCCACCAGCCUCCUAUUCCCAUUCCUCCGACCCACCGCCAUGCUGUGCCAUCCCGGCAACACUCUGUCUCCGCUAUGUACGGUUCUGCUGUCUACCUCCACUGUCCAGAAUCUACCGGAUCCACAAGAGGAACCAUCUGGCAGCUACCCUCAAAGACCAUUCUGGAACAUAGAUACACUCCAGAGAGACCAAUUAAAGUAUUCCGCAAUGGGACUCUGAGGAUUCUUCAACUAUCAGAGCUAGAUGGUGGAAAUUAUUUGUGUGUAUAUCAGCGGCCCAAUGGAGAAGACAUGGAGCUCUUCCAGGUGGAGGUGUUGAUGACCGCCCCCAGAAUUGAACAUGUUAGAACUGCACAGACCAAGGUCACAUUUGGAGAACAUUUCCAGGUUGACUGUGUUGCAACAGGCCUCCCUGAUCCAGAAGUUUCCUGGGGUCUUCCUGACGGAACUUUAGUCAACAAUGCCCUUCAGUCAGAUGACAGUGGCCUUCGCAACCGUCGCUAUGUUAUCUUUGGCAAUGGAACUUUACUUCUCCAGCAGAUGGGAAGAAAAGACGAGGGUGACUACACUUGCUAUGCCAAGAACAAACUGGGAAAAGAUGAAAGAAAGGUCAGCGUCAAAGUGGGACCAAAUGCUCCGAAGAUUAGACAAAAAUCCCAUUCGUUGGUGACAGUUAAGCUGGGAGAAUCUGCUAAAUUGAGUUGCCAGGCAACAGGUGAGCCUAUUCCAAGAAUAACUUGGAUCUCACCAAGAAAUGAAGUGAUACCUGUGUCAACAGACAAGUUUCACAUUAUGGACAAUGGGACAUUAGUAUUGAAAAGGGUGAGACUUGCUGAUGAAGGGAAAUAUGCAUGUGUGGCACGAAACUCUGCGGGUGAUGAUAUUAAAAACAUGAAACUUGAAGUUGAACCCCAGAAACCUUUCAUCAAUGGUAUACAAGGCAAGAGUACCUCAAAGGUUUUGGGUGUUUCCUACCAAACAGUGCUUCUGGAUUGUAGAGUGGAAGGAAAACCCGAGCCAAGAAUCUUGUGGGUUACUCCUUAUGGCCACUCACUCACAAAACCCUACCUUGGUGGGCGCUUCCAAGUACAUCAAAACGGGAGUUUGGAGCUGAGAGGGGUUAGGAAAACAGAUGAAGGAAAAUACGUGUGUGCAGCUAAAAACAUUCUGGGUGAAUCAUCUCUCCUUGUUGAAUUAGAGGUGGCAUCAAUUGCAGAGAAACCGAGCUUUGCUGUUCCCAAUAUUGAAAUCAUACCAAUAAAGCAAGAUGGUGCGGAACUGAUCUUGGAGUGUCCUGCUCGUGGCAAGCCGAACCCGGAAUUCGCAUGGGUGCUCCCCAAUGGGAUGUUGUUAACACCUGGUGUUAAGCUCCAACGUUUCACUCAUCAUUUGGGUAAUGGAACUCUACGGAUCUCUCAAUCGGUUGCAACUGACAAGGGAGUGUACCGGUGCCUAGCAAAAAAUGUUGCAGGACAAGCAGAAAAACGUUAUGCGCUGGAAGCAGGCAGAAGGCCGGUGAUCAGGGGUUCCACAGGUGGAAUGAAGAUCACUUAUGGCCUUAAUCUCAAUUUGCCUUGUACCGUUGAUGGCUGGCCACAGGCAUCAAUCACAUGGACUCUACCCAAUGGCUUUAUUUUGAACAAACAUCAAACUGUUGGUCGGGUAUCCUUUCUUGCCAAUGGGACGCUCCAGCUCAGGCAGGUCACCACCUUUGACAAAGGAACAUACGUCUGUAAAGCCUUCAACUCAUUUGGCUCAUCAACGCUAUCCUACCCAGUUGCAGUGAUGGUUUUCCCACCACACAUAACCAACACGCUAACCUCGAUUACAAGGGUAAACCGGGGAUCAUCUGUGACAUUAAAUUGUGUUGCGACUGGUAUUCCCAAGCCUGAUAUUUCAUGGACGUUGCCUGGACGCACAACGCUGGUUCCACAUAACCGGUUCACAAUGCAGGGAGGGAUCCACAUGACAGAAGACGGUAGUCUCGUCUUACAGAGCUCGGUGCUCAUGAACUCUGGUAUUUACAAAUGCAAUGCCAAAAAUGCACUUGGAACAGACUUCAGAUCUACAUACCUACAAGUAGUCUGAUUACAGUUACUCUCAUAGGAGAAUUAAGACUAAAUCAAGAUUCCCUCAUCAGGAUUUUCACAUACUGCACGUGAAUCCCUCACCAUAUCACAGGUGGUGUUGAGAAAGCAGUUUCCUCUGGACAAUGCUGCAUCAAACUCUAGUGAACAUUGACCUUUUAUACCUGUGCUUUUUUGUUUUAAAGUAUAUAUUUCGCAGAAGUGUUUUAAUUAUACAUUUUGAGCCUUUAUAUGAAUUAUCACUACCCAAAGUGCCUUUUGUGCUUGCUCAGAGCUUUGCAUUUUUGGCCUUAUCCCAUAGAUGUAAUUUCACAGCGCUCUUACAUGAUUAUAUACUCAAAAUAAUUUAAUCCACUGUAUCGUUUUGCUUUGA